GACAGAUAGGGCUGCAGUGCCGGACCCCAAUCAUGUCGUGCGCGCAACGACUGGAGUCCAGGGCAGAUGACGAAGUAGCGAUAGCGGAGGACAGUGGCGGAGUGCAUGGUUUCGGGCGGGCGGCAAGGCAAGACGGCCUCCGUCGCCUGCGUCGACAGCACAUGCCAAGGGGUACGUGUGGACUUCACCCUUGACGGUUACGCUACAAGCACGCACAUGGGCACAUGUAUGCUGGCCGUUAGUCUCAAAGCAGGCCGGGUUUCAGCCGGUCCCCGCAAGUUGUCCGGUCUACUGCACCAGCCAUUCUUCAGUAUCUUACUCCGUACUGCUUUUCUUCAGUCAGCAUGCAAUUGGGAGCAAGUCAGGCGGAGCGGGCCCAGAACGAGGCGAGAAGCCGCUCGUGCAGUCGUAAGCAUGAUGGCAGAAGAGACAAGAGCCGCAGGCAUCCGGUUACUACUAGUUCUUCACCGCCAGUUUUGCCACAACCUGUUUGUGGCCAAUGCCCACUCCCGCAGACGUCAGGUCGCGCCCGGGAGGCCGCACAAGAGGUUGGCGAUGGCGAUGGCGAUGGCGACGGCGACGGCGACCAAAACUAUUGGGACUCGAGGGGUCCGGGGCCGCGGAGCGAGAAAGAAGAGAAAAAAAAGAAAGAAAGAAAAAGGCUGGGAUCAGAUCAGAGAGUUGAGUUGAAGGCAAAGGGACGUUUUCCCUGCUUUGAGAAAGCGCGCGGCAUCCGGUUGGCCAGAUCAGAGCAUGUUCGAGGCUAGAUUGGAUAAGGGCUAGUGCAUCCCAGGUCGCCACG